CAGUGCCCUCUUUUUAGGAGGAGCUGCAAUUCUGAUCACUGGAGGGUUUGUCGAAAUAAAAAAAAACAGUAUACUUACAGCGAUGGAAGACAAUACAGCAGUCCCUGAAGAAUUACCACUUCUGACUAAGGCUGGCUACCUGAUGAUCGCUAUUGGGGGUGCACUCACCUUCGUGGGCUUCCUGGGUUGUUAUGGAGCCUACUACGAGAAUAAAUACCUGCUCAAUAUCGUGGAAAGACAUUGGGAGAUUUACAGUAUUAUAGUGGCAGAGAAAAUCAAGAAAACAUACAAUCAAGACAACUUCAACACUAAACUAUGGAAUGAGACGAUGACCCUGAUGGAAUGCUGUGGCUUAAACAACUACACUGACUUUACUGACUCCGAAUUUGUAAGAAAGACAUCACUGUACCCCAAUUUCUGCUGCCCUGACAAACAGUCUCAAGGGUGCAAAUUAAAUAGCGCAAAAUCAGCGGGUGUGACCGGCUGCUUCAAGGCUGUGGUGAAAUGGGUGGCAAGCAAAGCUACUUUGCUAGGAGGCAUGGCUGUUUCUGUCGCUGUUAUCCAGGUUGCUGUAAUCAUAGCAUCCCGGAAACUGUCCAACAGCUAAAGCCUGGGAACCUGGAGGUAUAAGCAGGAAUUUGGAUUAAAUAAGAUUAUCAAAAAUAAUAAUAAUAAUAAUAAUAAUAAUA